GCCGCCGCCGCCGCGCGCCGCGCUCGAGGCUUUCCUCUUAAAAGAGCAACGUCGGCGGGGCUGCGCGGCGGUGGGCCCGCCCUGGCCUCCCGAUGUCCCGGAGGGGCGCCGCGCCCACCCCCGGGGACCCCGCGGGGGACGCAGGCGGAGCGGCGGAGCCGGCGCGGAGGCGGACGAGCCGCCGGCGGGAGCCGGACGCCCGGCGCGGCAGGUGCCGCAUCCGGCUGGGAGGACACAUGGAGCGCUGGUGCCUCCUCAAGGACCGCCUCGGCUUCGCCCUGCACUCCCAGCUCGCCAGGUUCCUGCUCGACAGGUACAGCUCCCCCGGCUGCGCGCUCUGCACAGGUCUGGAGCCGCCGCCUCCUCCUCCCGAGGGCCUCCAGGCUCUGGUCCUGCUGUCUCACGCCCACAGCCGCACCUGCGGCCUGGUGCCGGGGCUGCGGGAGCCGGGGGGCCCGGCCGGGGGGCUGGUGUGGGAGUGCCCGGCGGGGCACAGCUUCUCCUGGACCCCGGCCCCCGGCGGGGCGGCCCGGCCCCGGCCCCGGGGGGACCGGAGGGGCGCGGCUUCCCCGGAGGAGAGCCAGGACGGGACCCGGGAGCCCGGGACGUCCAGCGGAGAAGGGGCCCGGCCGGGGCGCGAGGAAGAGGGAGAGGACGAUGAGGAUGAAGAGGACGGAGAGGAGGAGGAGGAGGAGGAGGAGGGGGGAGACCCUGCCGAGGACGUGAACCCCUGGGCUCACGGCCCUUCCCCGGAGGGGGAGCCGGCGGCCCCCCGCUCCCCGAGCCCGGCCCGGCCCCCGGCCCGGCCCGGCCCGGCCGAGGCCGCGCCCCCCGUGGAGGCGGCCCCGGAGGCCCCCGGCCCCCCGGAGGGGGAAGGGGCGCGCGCGGAUCCGGACGCGGCCCCCAGACCCGCCCGGGACGGAGGGGCCCGAGCCAGCCGCCGGCCCCGGGCCUCCCCGCGGCCCCCCGCCCACGACGACGACGACGACGUAGCGCAGAUCGGCCCCAAGAGGAUCAGGAAAGCGGCCAAGCGGGAGCUGCUGCCCUGUGACUUCCCGGGCUGCGGGAAGAUCUUCUCCAAUCGGCAGUACCUCAACCAUCACAGGAAGUACCAGCACGACCAUCAGAAGUCUUUCUCGUGCCCGGAGCCGGCCUGCCGCAAGUCCUUCGACUUCAAGAAGCACCUCAAGGAGCACGUGAAGCUGCACAGCGACACCCGCGACUACAUCUGUGAGUUCUGCGCCCGCCCCUUCCGCACCAGCAGCAACCUGGCCAUCCACCGGCGCAUCCACACCGGGGAGAAGCCCCUGCAGUGCGAGAUCUGCGGGUUCACCUGCCGCCAGAAGGCGUCGCUGAACUGGCACCGGCGGAGGCACGAGGAGGCGGCGGCGGCCUUCCGCUUCCCCUGCGAGCUGUGCGGCAAGCGCUUCGAGAAGCCCGACAACGUGGCCGCCCACCGCAGCAAGAGCCACCCGGACCCCCGGCCCGCCCCCGCCGUGGAGCGGGGCCCGGGGCCGUAG